AUGAAUAUUGGAUUUGUCAAAGCACAGUCGGAUAAUCUUCCGAAAGUAACAGUCUUAAUGGUCACGGAGUUCUUCUCGGAAAGCGAGUGUUUUGAUUUGGUUGAAACUAGUGGUGUCAAGGCUCGAAGAGCUGAAAGAGAGGAUUAUGGUGAUGCCGCAGUUGGGUACGUAGAGCUCAGAAGAGAAGGACAAUGCUGUGCUGUCCGUGGAAGAGUAUGUCCUGAACAUAGAGUAAAUAGCAAAGCAUAUGCAGUUUCGAUUAUGGUCGAUGAAGAAAAUGAGUCAAUUAAAAGCGUUACUUGUGAGGAUUGCGCAGCAUCGGCAGGUGGUUGUAAGCAUGCCAUCGCUGUUUUGAUGUGGGUCCACCGGCGUAGCGAAGAAACUGAACCAACAGCAACUGUAUGCUUCUGGAAAAAGGCCCGCUUAGCUCAAGUUGCAUCAAAUGUUAGAUCGUUGAAAGCAAAAGAUAUGCGGCAGUCCAAAGUUCAGACGGAGUUACCGGAUAAUACAACAUUUUUUAAAACUCUGCUAGACGAAAUGAAAAAACGACAAUUCGACAGGCAAAUCUCUAGGUAUUAUAUUAAAACAGAUUCCAAUAAGGUUUUGUCGUUGCAUAAUAUAAUGCUCGAAUUUUUUUGCUGUUCAGAUAAUACGGAUGUAGAAAGUUUUCUGAGAUUUGCAAGUGAUACGAUGACUGAAGAUCGAUGCAAUCUGGCUAGAAAUGAAACUCAAAAUCAAAGCGAAUCUAAAUUAUGGAACGAGUUACGGUAUGGGCAAAUCACAGCAUCUCGGAUAUAUGAAAUAGCCCAUUGUAGAACUAAGAACGGGUCGCUUGUCGAACAAGUUAUAGAAAGCUCAAAAAUCAGAGAUACCGAACCAAUGGAGAGAGGAAGACGAUUGAAGAAAGAUGUUGUGAAAUUAAUUGAAGAGCUAUUGAAAACAAAUAUACAGGAUUGUGGAUUGCUGUUGGAUUCAAGGUUCCCUAUUAUCGGUGCAUCGCCUGAUGGUGUAGGAAAUGACUUUGUGGUAGAGAUAAAAUGCCCAAUGACCUGUAAAGCAAAAUCCAGAUACAUUACAGAGAAUAAUCAGGUGGCAAAUAAAUUCAUGGCUCAAAUUCAACUCCAGAUGUUCAUGAAAAAAGUAAAAAAGGGGUUCUUCUGUGUAGCUACUCAUGACUUUGAAACUAGUCAAUCGAUUAAACUUAUUUGCGUAGAAUACGACGAAGAUUUGGUAUUAGAUCUCAUAGAAAAAGCCAUGGGUUUUCGGAAGGAGAAUAUUUACUCACUCAUUUUCAACGCUGCGACAGGUUAA